ACAGUCACGAUCACAAUCAGAGCUCUUAUUUCACCUUUCAUUACGUGCUGAUGAUGUUAAUCUGGAAAGUUUUAGGAGUCAGCCUCUACCCAUAACCACAGUAUAAGAGGGCAGUUAGACAAGUGGACGUGUAUCACUCACACGUUGGAGGCCCUGGUGAUAGACAAGCAAGAAGAGAAGAAAACAGAGUGCCUGGCUUCGAAGGUUAUAAAAGCUGUCCCCAUCCAGUGGAGUUGACAGAGUCAACAGAGAGAGAGAUUAGGACUUCCAUCACAAUCACCAUCACUAGAACCAGCAGAGAUGUCCACCUUAAUGACAGAGCUGAAGGAGACCUACAGGAUGCAGGGCUACCUCUCUGGCAUCCCAAUCCUAGAUGAGAAAGAGCUGAGGCAGGCCAGACUGGCCUUCGCAGAACUAGAGAGAGAGUUGGGAGAGGACUACACCCAGUACAGUCUCCACAAUGUCCACCAGCAGUAUGAUUGGGUGAUGAGUCUGGCUAAACACCCACGUCUUCUUCAAAUUGUAAUGGCUUGCCUGGGCCCUGAUGUCCUGCUCCUUGACUCUCGCUUCAUCUGCAAGUACCCUGUAGGUAACCAGGCAGAAAGUGAUGUGGGAGAGGAGCAGGAAGUGAGAGUCGAGGCAAAGGAAGAGAAGACUGGGCUGCCCUAUGUUGCCUGGCAUCAGGAUAUGAGGUAUUGGGGCAUAGCUGGUGGUCCAGUCCUCUCUGUUUGGCUGGCCUUGGAUGACUCACUACAAGACAACGGUGCCUUGCAGGUUAUCCCAGGAACCCAUUUCUCCGGCCUCCUGCCCCACCGCCUUGCCAGCCGUGCUGGGAACAUGCUGUCUGUCAACCAAGAGAUUCCUGAGGAGCUGGUGCAGGCAGAAAAGGCUGUACUAUGCCCCCUGAAUGCAGGGCAGAUGUCGGUCCAUGAUGGCCUGCUGGUUCAUGCCAGUGAUCCUAAUACCUCGCAAAGGAGGCGUUGUGGUUUUGUCAUUCGUUAUGUCCCCUCCUGUGCCUUCCCCAUUCAGGACACUGACCGCCCCAGGAAAUUCCAUGCAACAGUGUUGGCCACAGGAACAGACCAGUUCAACCACUUCUCCAGCAGCACUGUGCUUCCACUGGCAUGAGGCAAAAUGUGGAAACAACUCCCCUUCCCUGGGGACAAUUAUUUUCCUAAUUCGAGCCAUGGCAACCAUAAUACUAUCUUGAAUACUGUAGUAUUUUGUUGCUUUCUGCAAAAGUAUCCCACUUUAUUGUAUUUUUAUCAUAUUAUUUUCCAUUACUUGAGCCAUUCAAUGCCAUUCAACAUGUCAAAGAAAUUAAAGCAAGCUGUUACUUGAAUCUAGGUGGAAUAAGAUGUGUAUGUAUCAAAUGUGAAUGGGUAAACAAAGUUCCAUUUUAAAGACGUGCUCUGUAUGGGUGUCAACUGACACAGUGGAUGUAAUCUGUAAUACUGUAAUAUGUGUCUGUUAAUCGGAUAUAUAUUAAAUAAAAAGACUGUAGAAAAUGUAUUUUUUUGUUCAAUCUUUACCAUUUAUUCAUUAUUUGCAACCAAUGUAUCUUAAUACCCCUAAACUCUCGCUGAAAAACAAAUAUCAGUGGCCUGACAUUUCAUACUCAAAUCAUGGCUCUAUCCAUUAUCAUUAUUCGAUUAAAAAUGUAAGUGCUUGUUUUCCCUAAAUCAUCUCCAUAAAUCUUGAUAAAUAAUACAAAAUUACA